UUCAAUCUUCAAAAAUGAAAGUUUUUACUUUACAGCUCUGAAGCAGAGUUAGAAGAUGAGAAAAUUAAUCGUGAAUUGAAAGGUGUUGAGGAUGAAGAGGCACUUCGAAAACUUGAUGCAUCCGAAGAUGAAGAAGAAAAUGAAGAAAAUAAGGAAACAGAAGAAAAUCCUGAGCAAGAAAAAUCUCCUGAAGUGCAGAAAACAAAAAAACAAAAGAAAGAAGAAAAAGAUUCAUCUGGUGAUUCAUCAUCAGAUACAUCAGAUUCAGAUUUUGAUGAGAAAAAAACUCAUGCAGUUUUUAUGCAGAAACAAUCGAAAAAGAAUGGCUCUGAUAACAGUGCUAGUAGCAGUAGAGCCAACACCCCAACGAGGUUAAAUGCCGAAGGAAAAGAUGGGCAUAAAGCAUCCAAACGAAAGCUCACAGAUACAUCAGUUCCAUCUGCUAAGAAAGCCAAGACAGAUAAUCAUGGUGGAACUACUACUUUUGUGAGUUCACUUGAUGGCAUAACUGAAGAAGCAAUCAGGCGGUAUUUGUCUCGGAAGCCUAUGACUGCAUCUGAACUUUUGCAGAAGUUCAAGAGCAAAAAGACAAAGCUGAGUUCUGAUCAAUUAGUUCCAAAAAUUGCAGAUGUACUGAAGAAAAUGGACCUUGUCAAGCGAAAUGUUAAAGGGAAAAUGUAUCUAUCCCUUAAAUCAUAAUUUGUUGUUCCUGAAUGUUUGUAAAUGAAUAGUUCGUAUUAUGUGUAAGGUUUUGUAAAGUGUUGAAUGGUAUAAAUAUAUGCUGUUUUAUUAUGUAUUAAAAAGAUAUAUUUCCAAA